AUGUCACCAAAGACAGUCAUAAUCGGCGCCGGCAUCGUCGGCACAAACCUCGCGGACGAACUCAUCUCACGCGGAUGGAACGACAUCACCGUCAUCGAACAAGGACCCCUCAACCUCCCCGGCGGCUCGACCUCGCAUGCGCCCGGGCUAGUUUUUCAGACCAAUGGCUCGAAAACAAUGACACAGCUUGCACAAUAUACGGUUCAAAAACUGAGCUCGAUUGAGAUGGAUGGUCAGAAUUGCUUUAAUGAUGUUGGUGGGCUGGAGAUUGCUACGACGCUAGAACGGGUUGAGGAGUUGAAAAGGAAGUAUGGGUAUGCGAAGUCGUGGGGGAUUAAAGCAAGGCUUUUGAGUGCGGAGGAGUGUGUUGAGAUGUAUCCGUAUUUGAAUAAGGAGGCUGUGUUGGGAGGCUUGCACACGCCCAAUGAUGGUCUGGCACUUGCUGCUCGCGCGACGCAGUUACUUAUCGAACGAACUCGUCAAGCCGGUGUUAAAUACCUGGAGUUAACGCCUGUCACUGGUAUCGAACAGACAAACAGCCAUGUCACAGGCGUGACAACACCCAACGGCACCAUCCCCGCGGACAUCGUCAUCUCCUGCGCUGGUUUCUGGGGCGUCGAGGUAGGCGCCAUGGCCGGUGUCUCGAUCCCGUUACUCCCACUGGCACAUCAGUAUGCAAAGACAACCACUGUUCCAGCACUUGCGAACAGAGAAAUCAACACCCUCCCCAACGGCCGCAAUGCAAUCCUCCCUAUCCUCCGCCACCAAGACCAGGACCUCUACUACCGCGAGCACGGCGAGCAGUACGGCAUUGGGUACUACGGGCACCGUCCGAUGCCGGUUCGCGCGGCGGAUUUGGGCUUAACGCCAAAGCACGUUGAUGAGCAGAACAUGCCUUCGCGGCUGAAGUUUACGGCUGAGGAUUUUGAGCCUGCGUGGAAGGCUUCUCAAGAGCUCUUGCCGGCGCUGCGCGAGACCGAAGUUGCUGAUGGGUUUAAUGGUAUCUUCUCAUUUACGCCAGAUGGCGGACCGCUUAUCGGGCAAGCGCCUAGUCUGGAUGGUUUCUAUGUCGCCGAAGCCGUGUGGGUGACCCACUCUGCGGGCGUUGCAAGGGCCAUAGCGGAAAUACUGACCAUAGGUGCAUCCCAAAUCGACGUCGCAGAAUGCGAAUUAUCCCGCUUUGAAGAAAUCCAACUGAGCCGGGAGUAUGUCGAUGAAACAUCGCAGCAGAACUUCGUUGAGAUAUACGACAUCUUACACCCCCUACAACCAAGAGAAUCGCCACGUAACCUCCGUCUCAGUCCCUUCCACACCCGACAACGGGAGCUUGGUGCAUUCUUCCGGGAGGUUGGAGGCUGGGAGCAACCGUCGUGGUACGAGGCAAAUGCAGAACUGCUCAAGAGCCUUCCGAAUGAGUGGAAGCCCGUCGAGCGAGAUGCAUGGUCUGCGCGGUUCUACUCGCCCAUCGCUGCAGUAGAGACAUGGAAGACGCGCAAUGCGGUUGCUAUAUAUGACAUGACCACGUUCCAUCGGUUCGAGGUGUUCGGUCCUGGGGCUGUCAGUCUGCUCCAACGGUUAAGCACGGGCGAUGUCACGGUGAGACCAGGAAGUAUUACCUACACCCUCCUCCUGAACAAAGACGGCCGCAUUCGCAGCGACAUCUUCGCAUCUCGGCUUGACACAGACCUAUUUCAAAUCGGCGCAAACUCUGCUACUGAUCUGGUUUAUCUUUCCCGCGAAGCACGCCACCAGUCCCAACGCUCUCCAAGCCAAUGGACCCAAGUCCGCGACAUCACCGGCAGCACCUGUUGCAUCGGCCUCUGGGGGCCUCGCUCCUUUGACGUUAUCAAGGCAAUCACCACAGACGACUUCUCCAACAAUGCCCUUCCCUACAUGCAUGUGAAGAAGGCAACCAUCGCCGGUAUCCCGGUUACAGCACUGCGCAAGUCCUACGUCGGGGAAUUUGGCUGGGAGAUCCAGACAAGUGCUGAAUAUGGUCAACGACUAUGGGAUGCUAUUUUUCACGUAGGAAAGCCGCAUGGCCUUACUGCAGCGGGUCGCAGUGCUUUCAAUGCAUUGAGGCUGGAGAAAGGGUAUCGCACUUUCGGCACCGAUAUAACCACUGAACACGACCCAUUCGAAGCCGGUGUGAGUUUCGCUAUUGCGGAUAAAAAAGAGGAUUAUGUCGGUAAAGCUGCCCUCGAAAGACGCAGUAAAAAGCCCAUUCGACGCCUGCAGUGCCUCACCAUCAAUGACGGUCAUUCCAUGGUCCUUGGAAAGGAGCCUGUGUACUAUAACAACCAGGCUGCUGGGUAUGUCACCAAUGCAGCGUUUGGCUUUACAAUCCGCAAGCCAAUUGCCUAUGCUUGGCUACCCGGAACUGUGGUCGAGGGCGAGACCGUUGAGAUUGAAUAUUUUGGGCGCAAAAUCCAGGCCACUGUCACAUCCGAGCCACUGUAUGACGCGCAAAUGAGCCGCUUACAUGAAAGCACCCCCAUUCUCGAGCCUCAAAAACCAUUGAAGUCUCGAUUGUAA